GACGGUGAGUCGCAGCCCCGCCUGCGGGGGGCGCUCCGGACGUCUGCGUGCCGCCCAGGAUGCCGGGCCGCCCUCCGUGGACACCGCCUCCGGCUCCCCGAUCUGCGCGACCCAUGGCAAGAGCCCUCCAGCUCGCGGCGCGCGCCGCGCUAAGUGGCAGAGCGGCGCGGGGUUCCCCGGCGGGGGGAACGGGUUCUGUGAGGUCAGCGCGCGGCGGCCCGGGUCACAAUGCAGCCCUCCCCCUCGACACCCGGGCCCGGACGCGCCGCAGACACCUGCCCGGCUCCGCCAGGACCGGAGCGUCCUCCCGCGGCCAGCGGUCGGGCAGCUGCUUCCAGCCUGGGACCGGCCUCGGCCUCGGCCUCCGGCAGAGCGCCCCGGGACCCGGACAUGAGCGCCCAGGAGCCCCCGCAGGGUCGGAGAUUCCCCAUUGAGGCCGGAGACUCCCCUGGCCUUGCCGCCGCCCCCGAGUCCCAGGACAGCCCGGAGCCGGUAGCUACGGAGCACAACCCGGUCAGGCCGCUUCGACGCUGCCCCGGCUGCCACUGCUUGACGCUGCUGCACGUGCCCAUCGACGUCUACCUGGCCAUGGGCGGCAGCCCCCGGGCCCGCGCCACCUGAGUGCGCCUGCGCACGGCAGCUCCGCGGGAGCCGGGCGGGGACGAGGCCCGCCGCGGGCCACCACGCCGAGGUCGCGCGCGCCGAACACGAGACAAUGAUGCACAUUUUAAAAUAAAAGAAUGAUGCACGUUUUAAUAAACCACAGCAUAAACUGUUCUUU